UGUAUUUGCAACGCGGCCCAUUUACAGGAACAUCUUAUUUGCUUUUCAAUUAAUUCUACUAGUUUGCUCAAAGGGGCAAAGUGUGCAAUUAAUGGCGGGGCCAUUUUUAUCUGAACCUGUUUUAUUCAGCAGAGAGGGCGUCAAGUAAUCAGACAGAGCUACGAGGACUGGACCUUCUCCGAAGGAAGACUGACAAACGUCCAUUUUGAAUGUUCUAUCGAAAAUAUAUUUUUAUUCGAACGCGUUUUAAUACCAUCCCAGUUCGAAAUUUAACUAAAAUAAAAUGUGUGACAUUUCACCGUAAAAUUGCACAAGGAGGCUCACGUCGUGGCGGUUCUUAGUUUCCCAGAGUCGGGUGUGAUUGGUUUUAUUGCCACAAUAGGAUGCGUUUAUUGGCGUUAUUAGAAGUGAAUUCGGAGUUGUUUCUUGAAGGCGGGGCGCCAGGCCAGCUGGGUGGAGCCACUAAGAAUAAUGUCUUAUAAGGAAACGAUAAAAAACGACACACUGCUCAAACUCCACACAGAGUAACAGGAUCUUAACAUUGACGGGCAGGAUAGCAGUCGAUCGGAUACCGAACUCUGUUCCUCCUGGUGAUCAGCAAAAGACGCAGCAAUGGAGGUGAUCAUGAAGUCAAGUGGAGCCAACCUGAAGGUGGACUUAAAAACAACAAGAAAGCUCCUCAAACCGCAGGUGGAGAAGCGUCGGAGGGAGAGAAUGAACCGCAGUCUGGAGAGCCUGAGAGCGCUGCUGCUGCAGGGGUCCCAGCACCAGGCGCUGGCGAGUCGCAGAGUGGAGAAAGCAGAGGUGCUGGAGCACACGGUGCUCUUCCUGCAGAGCGCUGCCCACAGAGGGGCAGCUGAAGGCAGCCAGCAGCAGGACUUCCAGGACGGGUUCUCCACCUGCCUGCAGCGAGCAGCGCGCUUCCUGCGGGACAGCAGGGCGGGGCGGCAGGGGGAGGGGGCGCUGAGCGUCACCCUGUCCCGUCACCUGACGCACCUCGGCCCGCUCCCCAGAGCUCCCAUCAGCCCCCACUCUGCCCACACGCAGCCCAAGGGGCAGAGCGCCCAGCUGGGGGGGCAGAACUGGCACUGCAGCCAGCAGCAUGGAGCCGCCCUCAGGAACAGCCCCUCCCACCAGCUCAGAGCGGCCCUGGCACACAGACACCCCAACCUGCCCCAGCCCCCCCACAGAGAGGCUCUGUCACCCCCCACAAACAGCCAGUCACCAUGGAGACCCUGGUCCUAAAACCAGCCUCAAGAUAGACACUGCCUUCCGAUUGGACACUGGAGCAAGGACACUGUCAUUCAUGAGUUCUACUGUAUAUAGACAUCUAAUGCCCAGUUAUAGCUCUUAUUGCCAUGCAGACCCUGGUCUAUACAUGGUGCUGUGUUGAAGUUGAAGAUUUUUUAAAUGAUUUAUGUCAGUAAUUACAUGUAAAUAUUUCAAAAAGAAAAUUAUUUUUUAACAGAAAUACAUUUUAAGAGGUUUUAAGCUGUAAUUCUUCUAAUAUAUUUUGUACAUAUAAAAUAAUAUUCUUAAAAUAUUCUGCAUUUGUCCUACUCAUGUGUAUUUGUUUGUUUUGUGUCUCAUUUUGCAUUUGUAUUUAUAUGUAUGCAAAACAAAGAAAAAUCUUUCAAGUACUUUUGUCCUUUGUUUUGGCGCACUUCACAAGCUGACAUAGUUAAAAAUAAAACAUAUUUUUGUUUCAAAAGAA